CGUAAUUUUUCAAAAGAAAGGCACCUCCCUUCUCGUUCUCUCUCUCUCUCUCUGUGAACAAAUUAGAGGUGAGGACGCGUCGGCCUGAGGUGGUGCAGGCGAGAGGCGAGGUGGGAAAGUGGUUGGGCCUCAAUCUCGGUGGGGCCUCCUGUCCUCCUCAAAAAACUCUGCAUCCACAAGCGCACUCACGGAAGAAGCAGAAGCGGCGUUUUUUCUGGGGCUCUAAAUCUCUUCUUCUCCCUCCCUCCUCUCUCUCACUAUUUCUUGGUUUCUUUCUUAAUCAGGUAUUUGAUGAACAGACUGUGAAGGUUCAAUCUGCCAUUUAGUAAUUUGCCUUUGCUGCGCUGAAGACAACCCAAUUUGAUGAUUUGUCCUUGUGACAUUUGUUUUUUUUUCCUCUGGCGAAAAUCGUUUGAGGAUGCUUUUGCUUGCAACGCCGCUUUGCUGUUGAUUUGCUAGUUUGCUGUUUAACCAUGGCCGAUAUGGACGAGAUAUACAAGAACAAAAUUGUGACAUUCUUGAGGGCGUUUUACGCUGCAAAAUAUGCAAAGGUUGACAACAUGCCAUGCCAGAUUGAACCGGGUCUUUUCUUGGGUUCUGUUGGAGUAGCUUAUAACAAGGAUGCACUGAAGAACUUCAAUAUCACUCAUAUACUAGUGGUGGCCAAGUCUUUGGGUUCUCCAUAUCCGGAUGAUUUUCAUUACAAGAAAAUUGAAGUGCUUGACACUCGUGAUACAAAUUUGGAGCAGUAUUUUGAUGAGUGUUUCUCCUUCAUUGAUGAAGCCAAAGCGGCAGGGGGUGGUGUUCUAGUGCAUUGUUUUGCAGGCAGAUCCAGAAGUGUCACGAUUGUACUUGCAUACUUGAUGAAAAAUCGAAACAUGAGCUUAUCUGAGGCUCUAGGUCAUGUGAAGAGUAAGAGACCCCAAAUUGCUCCUAAUGAAGGUUUCAUUUUGCAGCUGCAAAAUUUUGAGAAGUCUCUUGGAGCAAACCGAACAAAAAAUCUUAAUGUUGGAGAUUCGUCUCAGUAACUGUUCCACCCGCAUACUUCUCUGGAGGAAAUAAGCAUUUUGUAUAGUUGAUCUAACACAUAUAGGUGCAGUCAAUUUACUGUUGUCUUCAAAUUUCUGAAAUAUGAAUACAUUUAAUGUGAGUGAUUGUUCAAUCUAUAUACUCUAAUUAGGUCGAUUUCUUUUCUUCUCACCUCCUUGCUGAGACGUUUCUUCUUUUUGAGCUGCUUGUGCGUGUGAGAUGUCUCUGGGAACCUCAAACUUCAGGUCAAGUGAUUCUCCCAUCAAGGAUGUGGAUUGGAUUUUUGGAUCGUCUGAUUCAGAUUCAGCAAACUAUGUCAGACAUGAUUAAUAGUUAAAUUAUGGCUUAAUUUGGUGUUUA